GCCUUUCCUACUGGAUACUGUGCGGUGCAGGUGGGUGCCAGGCAGCGGCUCCUUCUCAACUUCGACCCGGCCUUACCGUCUCCUGGACAAUGGAGGCGCAGCAGGCACAAGUUCUGUAGGUAGGUCUAGCCAAGCCACAAGACAGCAUUGGCUUCAAGCUUGGAGGAGGUGAGAAAAACAAGGCACUACUGUCCACAGGAGAGAGGACAAGCUCUAGGAUAUUCACCAGACUCAAGCAUCCGAGGUCCAUAUGGCAGAAGGGAAGACUCUCUCUCAAAGAAAUUGUGUGGUCAACAGAGACUAGAAAGAGAAAUGACACUCGCUUCCUGCUUGGAUCCUCCUGGUGUAACUUAAGGAAUGAAAAAAGAACAGUGGUCUGCUGGAAACGCAGCCAUUGCACGAGACAGAUGAAGAAGUGGUCACUGAUAUUGAUUUCACAAGCAUGAUUUCUGAAGAAGAGAGAGAAGAAUUAAAGAUUGAGCUAGCCAAGCUAGAGGAUGAAAUUUCAACUUUACGGCAAGUGUUAGCAGCCAAAGAAAAGCACCUGGCAGAAAUAAAACAAAAGCUUGGUAUCAACCUGAUGAAUGAGCUGAAACAGAACUUUAGCAAAAGCUGGCACGACAUGCAGACGACUUCUGCUUAUAAGAAAACACAUGAAACUCUGAGCCAUGCAGGACAGAAGGCAACAGCAGCUAUCAGCAAUGUAGGAACAGCCAUUGGCAAGAAAUUUGGAGAUAUGAGGUCACAUUCGAUUGGUUACUCUAUUCGCCAUUCCAUAAGUAUGCCUGCUAUGAGGAAUUCUCCAACUUUCAAAUCGUUUGAAGAGAAGGUUGAGACCACUGUCACAAGCCUGAAGACGAAGGUUGGAGGGACAAGCCACAGUGGGGGGAGUUUUGAAGAAGUUCUCAGUUCUACUGCCCACGCCAGUGCUCAGGGCUCUAUCACAGGCACUCCGCUUCCUGAGAACGAGGAGGAACUUCAGUGUUAGACUGUAGCCCCUACUGGCCAUCUGUAUCCGACCUGGUGAGACUUAAUGUUUUCUAUGCUUUCUUUCCACAUCCAGCUUGAGACACGUGGCUUUGUAACCUCUUGAAAAUGGCCUCACUCAUGUGAUACUAUAGUCAUUCUUCCAAAUGUAUUGGUAUUUUUACUAGGCCAUUUUUACCAUUAAGCAUUUUUAUACUCCAUAGAAAUUGCGCACACCAUCAUUUCUUAAUGUUCCAAUUUCUAUAAUGUAACCAAACAGUUCUUGCUUUAUGGUAUUUUCCCUCCAAUUCACUCCACACCUCUGGUCCAGUUGAUAAUUUCUUUGUUUUUUAUUUAUUUAAAGGACUAAAUGGGUUUUUAGUAUGCAUGUUUCCACCGAUUCUGUAACCCCUCUGUGCCACAGCAGACAGAUGGGUCUAGGACUGUGCAAGGAUUUCCGUUGCCAGCAAUAGUCUGUACACCAGCUGUCCACCAAAUUAUACUAGUGCCCUUUACCGAGCAUACAGACAUGACCUGAGCUGCUUAAGGAGUCAAACAGAAUCAUUUGUUGUUACACUGCUGUCUCUCUUCCUUUUUCACUUCCACAGCCUGUCUUUGAAUUUCCUCCCCUAAAGAGGAACCCAAUUGUUCAGAUGCAAACUAAGUUGAUCAGUUACUGCAGUGGUCUCCAAAGUGGGGGUGCGCAGCAGGAGGAGCGCACUUUUUUUUUUUUUGCUUUGCUUCGGCAGGGGGUGCGCGAUCAAAAAAGUUUGGAGACCACUGAGUUACUGUCCCACAGCAGGAAACGCUACAGUUGAAAAACAUGUUCUGUUUGAUACUGGGACCCAAUUUCAGUAUUAAACCAACAAACACAAACUGUACCUGUUUGCCUCCAUACCAUCUCCUUAGAAAGAAGGUCAGAUUAAUAUGACUGAAUAGUGUGAGCCUCAUUAGAGUUAGAACCUUGAGAGAAUCUGUGUACAACAACUUAAUAAAGAUGUGCCAUGCCUUUAGUUUACACUCCAGAGCUAGUACUUAGUAUAAACCUUACAUUUUAUGGUAGACUGGCUGAGUACGUGCUUCAGACUGGAUCAAACUGUCCUGCUUUAUUGCACUUCAGGGCAUAAUUCAAUCUUCAAGAAGCCAGAAUCAUCUCUUAGCUUAGAUGCAGCAUGAUUUGUUGCAUCACUUUAAGAGAAGGAACAGUAAGGUUAUUAUAGUGCAGCCAGCCAUUGGUGGCAGUAAAAGCCUAUCACGUAUAAACAUGAAUGCGGGGGAAGGAGGAGGGGGAGAGAGAGAGGAAUGUAGCCUGCUUUUAAAAUAGACCUGUUCAAUUAUCGUACUGCAAAGCUUCAAAUCAACUUUAGCCAUUCUGUAUCCAAGGUUUUGCUAAAAGCUUGUCAGGAAAAUCCUGUAUCAAAGUGGUUUUACAGGGGUUCUGUUUUUGUUUUUAACGUCUUACACUUAAUUCUCCCAUGUGACAAGUUGAUUCUGAACACCUCUCAAAUGUUUCUUUAAUGUGAUUUAUUUUAAUGUUACACAGAAAGCAAAUUAAUUUUUUGGUGACAAUUUGCAAGUUUCUGUUGCAGCAUUGUGCAUAAACAUUCAUUUUAUUUUUAAAAACAAUUACAUAGUUUGUGUAAAUGAAGUUAGUGAUUUUUAUUAAAAUGAGGUUUUUAAAAUGAGCGUCUCUGCCUUGUGUGUUUUUAUUAGCAAGAUGCCCCUUGUAACAUUCUAUUAGAACAAGACUGUAUUACAAUGGAAAUACAAAAAAAAAAGUUGCAGAUGGAUAGUUUGGGGCACCCCCAUAGCUAAUAUAAGCUAUCUGAAAUCAGGUUUAUUUUUCCCCAUCAUUGAUAGUUAGAAACACACAAACCUGAUUAUUAUUAUAGCCAUUUAAAAUAGGACUAUACCUGCUACUUGCACAGUGUGCAAGAAUUCUAAAAUGGCAUUUUUAUACUCAAAAAACUUGUGUGUAAACAUACCGUUGAUGCCCAGUCUCUCUUCCUAACUAUUAAAGUGGUGGGCAAUUGAGACAUCCAUAUGGGAAGUGGGAGAGGGUGAGGGCCAGGUUGUUUGGGGACGCAUAGCCUUCCCCACCCGGCCCUCCAUACAGUUUGGCCUGAGGGCAACAUCAGGAUUCCGAAAAAGUUUGCCCACCCCUGGCUUAAGUAGAUAGAAAAGUUGUCAGGGUCAGGACAUAUGAUCAUUUUACCAUAGGAACAGGUAGUGACUUAUUCUCACAGACCAGUACUGGACUAUCCUAAAGGAAAAGGACAAGACAUAUGAUUAUUCUAUGCUAGUACAAACCCAGGAGGUGCCAUCAUGCCCUUUGGUACCUGGAAUGCAUAUGUCCAGUGCUAUUGGAAAAACAAAGCAGAUUGGUUAAAUCUAGUUUUAGAUGACCUAUACAUUACUUUUUACUUGGCAUUUGGAGUGUAACUUUGGGAGCAUACCUGUGUAAGGUGAAUGAAACAAUGCCACAUGAGAUGGCUUCCUGGAGACUGGUAUCAUAUGGAACCUUUUUCCAUAAAUUGGACUAACACUGGCUAUUUGGUCUCUUGCAUAUACAGUAGAAGUAGAACCUC